AAUCCCGGAAGGGCGUCCCGCACGGCACGUACUACGCGCUCAAGAAGCAGCGCUACAACGAGGUCAAGGACUCGCUGCGCUUCAAGUGGAAGACCCAGCUCCAGAACGCGAGAGCGAACUUGAAAAAGGACUACAUCGGGUGUGGGAUCCCAGCGGCAACUUCUCGCGCGAGCACUGGAUCCGGAGGGUGAACAAAGCUUCUCAUACGGAAGAUGAACGCCAUGAGGGAGGAGCAUCCUUUGGAAAGGUAUCGGCCACAAGCUGGAGGCCGGCCAUCGCACCAGGCUCGGAUCGCGAGGCUCGAGGCUCUUAAGGCGGAAGUGGAGAGCUACAACGAAGAAGACGAGGAUGUGAACGAGUAUAACUCUUCCGAAGAAAACGAGCAUGAGGAUGAGCACGAGGAUGAUCGGGGAAACUCCAUUUCAGAAGCCGAAGAUGAUGAGAUGGAUGGAAAUGCUUUUGCCGCUCGCGAUUCGAUCGUGGAGAUCCUCAUGAACAUCAAGGAGAGCAGCGACACGGCAUGGUGCUUCGUGAUACCAGUCGCAAUCCUGCACAGGGCCAAGUGGUCGGAUUCCUGAGCCAUUGCAGGUGGAUUCGAUCCGGGAGAGCAUGAGCAGGCAGGUGCUGGGGUGGCCAAUCGUGAGCGGGGGAUGGAGCUGGUGGACAGAUCGUGGUGAGGGAUGGCGAGGGAGGAGUUGAGGAGGAAACUUGGGCGCUUGGGAACUGGGGCCAUGUCGACCAAAGGUUAAGAAUUCUUUGGUAGGAAAGAAGACGAAAGUUUAGCGGUAAAUUACAUUUUUAAUUAUAAUAUAACC